AUGGUAAGCUCUGGAGACAUUAAGAAAUACUGGGAUAAGGUGGAGUCCUUCUACAAGUGUUGCACGCCUAGCGGCAAGCAGUUCAAGGAACUGGAGGAAAAGAUCCAUGUACCUCUCCACUACAUCACUAUGAUCCUCUCUGUAAUAGUGUUCUGUAUUAUGCACACUCUUUUCCGAAACCGCGGCUUUUACAUCUAUCUUGUGUUCAUCCCGUCUCUCUUCAUGACGAUCAAUGACAUGCACGAAGAAAAGAAGACUGAGAAGAAAUGGGCAGGUUUCUGGUUUUUGUUUGCUUGCGUCCAUAUGCUGCCUGGAUGGUUGGACUCUAUCAUUACGUACACGGUGAUCAAGUGCUUGGUCCUUGCCUUCUUUGCCUUCUUCGAUGAUUGCACCUUGAUCGUUGAGUUCCUGCAGUUCCUGCAAAAGAUUUUUGACCGUCUCUACAAGCAGUAUCUUGAAAAGUACUGCCAGGAGAUUUCCAAGGUUGUGAAGACCGAUUAAACAUCCGUUUGUUCCCUCUUGUUUGGGUUAGUGCAUCCGUCUCGUUCAAAU